AUGUUCAUACAUAAAAAAAAAAGAGUUCCUUAUAAAAUAGUCGAAGAAACUAUUGAGUAAUAGAAAAAAAUAUUAAUAGCCCUCAUGAAUUAAAAGUUUAAAUAAGAAAAAAAAACUGCAUAAUAAUUCAAUAACUAAUAUAGAGAUCAAAUGUAAAUUUAGAUGAUGAAACAAUGGAAAAACAAUGGAAGAUUUGGUAUAAGGAGAUUUAAAUUAAUCAAAUAAAUAAGAGAUUGAAAAAAAGAUGGAAGAAUAAAAAUUAUUGA